UCGCCCGGCUCUUUUUUUUGCGGCUGCCGGGGGUGUUUUCAGGGAGGGGGAGAAACCACUCUGCGGCUGGUGGAGGGGGCCAACGGUGUUGGCGCCCUUCCUCCCCCCCGCGGAAGGAGCGAUGGAGCUGCCGCCUCUCAGCCUCCGGUCCGGGAGGAAAUAGCGCUCUGCCCACUCUCAGCUGCACGUCUCCCUUUCGGGACCACCGCUCGCCGCCGGUGCCGCCGCUCCUCUUGCUUUCUUAACUCCGCAAAGCCCUGGGAGCCCCUUGCCCUGGCUGAUUUUUAAUCCGUGUAGUUUGGGCUUCAUUCAUUUCCACCCUUCGAGCUCCUUCUAGGGUCUCCUGGAACCCUCGUCCUGCGGAACUCCCUGCCUAUUGAUUUCCAGCGCGAAGCCCUCGGGAAAGGGGGCAAGCGCGCUCCAAACCAUCCGUUUGCUUGUCGCGGUGGAUUCCCCACUCCUGGCGGGCAGCGAUGUUGCUAUCGCCUCUCUCUUUCUCGACGUCUUUCCCGCAGUUAACCCAAGGGAACCGUGAAGAGCAAAGCCCCAGCUCUUAGUUGCGAAAAUGUGGCAAAGCAUUGGCCUGUCCUUGUUGGUCGUCGUGGCCGCCCUCGCUUGCUUUCUGCUGCUAGUGCUUUGCGGUUGGUACGUUGUCUGGCACCUCUUCCUAUCGCAGUUCCGGUUCUUACGAGAGCUGAUAGGAGACACAGGAUCUCAACAAGGGGAUAACGCCGUGGUUGAGCCAGAAGCAGAGCAGGAUGUGCUCCCCACACCGCAGAGGAGAUCUGCCCGGCAGCGAAGGGCACCUGCUGAAGAAGCAACUUAAUUGGAGCUUCCUGGGCAAUCCUCAAGAGAUGGGCAGCCGGCGACUCUUCUGUGGCUUAGUAGUCUGGUACUGCUGAUACGCCAAACGAGGACGGCCAAGUAUUUGUGAAUUCCUUUACUCCUGGAAUUUAACUAUACACUGCUUCAGAAGAGGUUCCGGUGAGAUUUUAAUGGAGAGCAAGAUGGGACCGAAGAGAAACAAGGAGAGUGGAGCAGAAAUGGCUCCUCCCUGCUCUGGAGAAGAGUCGGCAGGGAGUGACACUCCUGGAUCUGUUCCUCAAUGGUUAGGCCCAGCGUGAAUUUGUGGGUGAGCUUCCCAAAGCUGAAAAUGGUUACUGACUGCUUUUGCAUAAGACUGCGACUCAUCGCAGGUGGCAUCUCUUGCGAUCCUUCAUUUCUGCGUCUUGCAAAGAGGAAGCGUGUCUUUCCUUCAGCCUUAUCCACUUACGCAAGGGUGUUCUGCCUUGGUCAGUGACCUAAAAGGGUGCCUCCGUCCAUAGGCUAAAUCUGCUGUUAGGCUCAUGUGGAGGCUUUGACAACUGACUUAAACGUAAUUGGGCAAUGAAACACAGCAUUUUCGUUUCAAUGCACAGCAGUUCCUUGCUCUGCUUUGC